ACCGAAAACGUAAAUAAACACCUCAAACACGGAGGACGUAUUAUUUACUACGUGCGCGCGCUCAAAUCGCUGUUGGGCGUCGAUAGGAGAUUGCACGUUUCGUGUGGCGCAGCCGAGUCGAACCGUAUCCGCGCGACAACCGUACACCAGUGAGCCGCUGGUCGCGACGACGGCGUCCCUGCGGUCAGGUCGAGAACCGUUCCGAUUCCCUUUGACAACAAUCAUGUCCACUACCAACCGAUUCAUGCACCCGAGAAACAUGUACCGCACGCCGCCCGACUUCAAACAAUUGGCCGCCGAGUACCCGGAAUUCAAAAAGUACUCAGUCACCGGAUUGAAUGGAAAAAUUACUUUUGACUUUAAGAACCAGGAAGCUCUUAGACUGUUAUCUACUAUACUAUUGAAGAAAGACUUUGAUUUGGACGUUGAGUUACCUGUUGGAAAACUGGUACCUACUGUUCCGUUGCGGCUUAACUAUUUACUCUGGAUCGAGGAUUUGUUUAACUUGAACUAUGAUAGUAAGAAGAAAAUAAAAGGAAUUGACAUAGGCACUGGUGCAUCAUGCAUUUAUCCAUUGUUAGCAGCAAAAAAAUUUCAAUGGUCAAUGGUUGGUACUGAUAUCAACAAAGACUCCAUUAAAAAUGCAACUAAAAAUAUUGAAAAAAAUAAUUUACAACAUUUAAUUCGAGUUCUAGAAGUAUCUGAGUGGGAUAGCUUAUUGCCAGUAGCAGCAAAUGAUCAUUAUGACUUUUGUAUGUGUAAUCCACCCUUUCAUAAAUUUUCAAAUUUAAAUUCUGAUGAUGAUUCAAACAGUGACAAAGGAGUAAAUUGUGAAAUGUAUACAGUUGGUGGUGAAGUUGAGUUUAUCCAAAAAAUAAUUCAAGAAAGUGAAACAUUAAAGAAUUCAAUAAGUAUUUAUACAUCAAUGGUUGGUUAUAAGUCAUCAUUAGGUCUUCUAAAAAACAAAUUGAAAGCUAUUGGAGCAUGUGCAAUUGCAAAAGCUGGUUUCUUUCAAGGUCAAACUGCACGUUGGGGUAUUGCUUGGACAUUUCAGCCAGAUAUCAAAUUAAAAGAUUUUAUGCCUAAUAAAGAAUUUCAAAAGAUGAAAUCUCAAGUGAAAUUAAGACCUCCAGUGUCUUUUAAUAUUUCAGAUUCUUAUGACUCAUCUACUGCCUUAGCUAAAUUAACUAAACUACUCGCCGAUCUUAAGAUGUCAAUUUCAUUAUUAAAAUCAGAAAAAGAUGAAAACAUUUUGUUUCAAGCGGACAUUAAAGCUUAUGAAAAUACUUGGACUCAUCAAAGACGAAAAAGGCGUAUGGAACAAAAAUCGAAUGAUAAUAAACGUCAGAAAACUAAUGAUAAUUUAUCCAAUGAAUCUGAUGACGAAAAGGUUGAACAAAACUUGGAAACAUCUGCAAAUAUCAAUGCAUUAUUUGCUGCUACUUUGGUAUUAAGAAAAACAGAUGAUACACUUUGGAUAGAUAUGUUACACCUUGAUGGAAAUAGAGAUAAUUCGUAUCAACUUUUUCAGUUUUUGAAGAAUAGAUUUGUGUGAUUGUUUCAUGUGACACAAAUUUUGGGAAACCAAAUCCAAGACUAUCUGGCUGCAUACUUGGUCGUUGGAAAUUCUCCCAAGAUGGAUCAGGCACAAAACUUUCAACUAUGUUGCAUGGCUAAGGAAUGAUAAAGACCCAUUGCCGUUCAAAAACACCGAUGCUUGCAACUUGUACCCAAACUGGCUGGUGUAGAAUGGCGAACUGAUGAGUUCUAAGCCAUCACCACAUAAUUUAUGCCGACCUUCUUCAAGUUUUUCCAGUACAUCACUGAUUUUCCAAAUCAAUGUACCUUUAAAUAAUAAAUUCGUUAUAAGCAAUCUAUA